AUGUACAUCCGAAACAACCUCCUCGUCUUGGCUCUCUGCCUCUCCACCCUGGGCCUCGCCUCGCCCACGACCAACUCAAAGAGCGGCUCCAAGACUUCCGGAUCCGCUGCCGGUGGUGGUGCUGGCACUGGCGGUGGUGGUUCCGCAGCAGGCAACGGGACCACCUCUGGCGGCACCAACACGGAGCUGCAGACGACGUUCCCGACGGCCAAGGGGUCGCAGAACAUUGCUGCCGUGAAGACCAUUGCUGCAGGCCAGUCCUUCGACGGCGGCAUGGUGAUGUGGGAUCGGAGCCCGAGUACCUGCAAGGGCCAGACCGAGGGCGGGAACAAGGACGCCGUGUUUAUCCUCGAGGAAGGGGCUACGAUUAGCAAUGUGAUUAUUGGGCCUAAUAAUGGUGAGGGCAUUCAUUGCUUGGGGAGUUGUACUAUCAACAACGUGUGGUUCCAAAAAGUCUGCGAGGACGCCAUUACAUUCCGCCAAACGUCAGGUACAUCCUACGUCAACGGCGGGGGCGCCCAAGACGCAGCCGAUAAGGUCCUCCAGCAUGACGGCGGCGGUACCGUCGCCGUGAAGAACUACUUUUGCAAGAACUGCAGUAAGAUGUACCGCAGCUGCGGUAACUGCAAGACGCAGGUGGCGCGGCACUCGACUUUUGACAAUAUCCGGCUCGAUGGCGGGAAGGUCCUGUCUGGUGUGAAUGGAAACUUGGGCGAUGGGACGAUUGUGAGGGACUCGUGCGUGUUGGGCGGCGCGCAGGUGUGUGAGAAUUUUGAGGGGAAUAGUAGUGGUGCGGAACCGAAGCUUGUUUCGAGUGGGCCGGAUGGGAAGUUGUGUGUUGCUACGAAUGUUAAGACGAGUGGGUGUUGA